AAUAAAUAAAAUCAUUCCAACCGGACACUGCGAUUAUCUUUCUGGUCAGCCACUUUUGACUCUCGUUUUCUCCCCUUCUCUCGGCUUCUGCUAGUCUGCUUCUGCAUCACCUUUGCCCCAUCUAUCUGCAACGCCGUUUCGUAUACAUUCAUGGCUUUGGGAUCAUUCAUCCAAGUCCUUCCAGACUCCCACUUCUCCAUCCAAAACCUUCCGUAUGGAGCGUUUAAAGCCCAUCCUACAGCACCUGCCCGUCUCGCCACCGCUAUUGGUGACUAUGUAGUAGAUCUCUCCGAGAUCGCCAAAGCCGGUCUUUUCAACGGCCCUAUACUCGCCGCUUCCGAUUGCUUUCUGCAGCCUACUCUGAACAAUUUUUUGGCGCUGGGACGGCCUGCUUGGAAGGAAGCUCGUGCUACUCUUCAAAAGCUUUUGUCAUCUACGGAGCCAACCUUGCGUGAUAAUGCAGACUUGAGGCAGAAGUCACUUGUGCCGAUGAGCAAGGUAGAAAUGGUUAUUCCUAUGGAAAUUGGAGACUACACAGACUUUUAUUCAUCCAUGCAUCAUGCAAAGAAUUGUGGGACCAUAUUUCGUGGACCUCAAAAUGCAAUUCCACAAAACUGGUUCCAUCUUCCUAUUGCCUAUCAUGGGCGAGCAUCAUCUAUUGUCAUCUCUGGAACAAACAUUAAUAGACCAAGGGGUCAAGGCUAUCCAACAGGUCAAUCUCCACCAUAUUUUGGACCUUCAUUGAAGCUAGAUUUUGAACUUGAAAUGGCUGCUGUGGUUGGUCCAGGAAAUGAAUUAGGGAAAGCCAUAGAUGUUAAUGAGGCUACAGAUCAUAUCUUUGGACUUGUCUUGAUGAACGACUGGAGUGCUCGAGAUAUUCAAGCGUGGGAAUAUGUUCCUCUUGGACCCUUUCUUGGAAAGAGUUUUGGUACUACAAUAUCCCCUUGGAUUGUGACACUUGAUGCUCUUGAACCUUUUGCAUGUGAUGCUCCUAAGCAGGAUCCCCAUCCAUUGCCAUAUUUGGCAGAGAAAAUAUCCAAAAACUAUGAUAUUGAAUUGGAGGUUCAAAUUAAACCUUCUGGACAAACUGAUUCAUGCGUGGUUACAAGAAGUAAUUUCAAGAACCUAUAUUGGACAGUGACUCAACAAGUAGCACACCACACAAUCAAUGGUUGCAACCUGAGGCCAGGCGAUCUCCUUGGAACUGGGACCAUUAGUGGGCCUGAAUUUGAAUCAUUUGGAUGUUUGCUGGAACUAACAUGGAAUGGACAAAAACCAUUGCCAUUAAAUGGGACAACUCGAAAAUUCUUAGAAGAUGGAGAUGAAGUAACCUUCUCUGGUUGCUGCAAGGGAGAUGGUUACAAUGUUGGUUUUGGAACCUGUGCUGGUAAGAUUGUCCCACCACGCGAUUGAGGAAACUUUUCUACUUUGGAGAUAAAAGAAGAUCACGUGCCACUCACUUAAGUCGUCGUUGAUUUAAAAGAGAUCAUACUGGAAAUUCAGAGAGCUGACAAAAUGGUGUGUUUGUUGUAUAUGUGUUGACUGAUCUCUCCUACAAUGUUAAUAUAGUUGUAGCACUUGAUGUUAUGCUGGAACCUGGAUUUGCCCAUUAAGUAAUAAUAUUUAUAGCUAGCAGAGCCAACUUUUUUAUUUA